AUGUGCCACUUUCAGGUCUCCUCACACUGCUGGUGUGUUCUAUUUUUUGACAUAGGGUGCUGGCAGAUUACGGGCCUCCCAUAGCUGCUGCCAGGCCCCUAAUCUGCCAUGGGCCCCUAUAUACCGCCUCCUCAUGCUGCUGCCAAGUCCAGAGUCUGUCAUGGGUCCCUGUACGGCCCUCCCAUUGCUGCUGUCUCCAUCGCCACACUCUGCCAUGUGCCACUUUCAGGUCUCCUCACACUCCUGCUGGUUUCCAUUUUGUCAUAGGUUGCUGUAUGGCCUCCAUUGCUGCUGCCUCCACCGCCACACUGUGGCUCCCCCAAACACUGUUUUGGCCCCGUGACUGGCCAAAUGAUUGAAGUGUGCGGUGAUUCUAAGAUCGACGGCACUCAUCUGCAUGUCAUACUG